AUGUUUUUCCUGUUCGGAUACGUGUCUUCCCUGUGGGACGGCGGAAAAAGGGCAAAACUUCAAAACUCAGAAAACGUUUUGCGCACCAAUUACCCCAUUGACUUAGAGUCUAUAAAAGGACUUGAGCCCUACAUAGAACACCCUGACCGCGAGCCACCACAACGGGUGGUCGACGACUUUAUCCGGAUUCGCUAUAACUUAAACGACGGUCAAAUCGAAGUCAAUCAAAUAGAAACGGCGGUGAUUUUGGGCUUGGCGGCUACUUCUUUGGCCGUGGCCGGUUAUGGGGCUACCAAAUCCGUCCGAAGCCUCAAGACGUACAUGCAUAACAAAUGGGCAAUACCUUCGAUAGUCAAAGAGACAUCGGUCACGUCCGUUUACCAAUGGCUGAGCAAACCCAUUGUGACGGCCAACAACGCGAACAAGCGGAAUCGGUCGAAAACCGCUUUGGACCGGUUCGUGUGGACCGAAAAGACUCGGACGAAAUGCUCGACGAUAACGCAGUACGCGCAGUCGGCCGCCAAAAAUCCGAAGAUACCGUUCAAAAACGUCUUGGUGUACGGACCGCCGGGAAAUGGAAAAUCGUCGUUUGCCAAAAUAUUGGCCAUGAACUCCGGUUUAGACUACGCCGUGGUCGACGGCAAGGACGUGUCGUCUUACGGGCAUAAGGCGACGGAGGAAACUCUCAAGCUGUUCCAGUGGAUCGACAAGCGCCGCAAGAGACCCCUGAUGCUCGUUGUGGAAAAGUCGGAAGAGUUCUUGGGCAAACAGGCGGACAAACACCUCAGAGGGGCCGCCGCGGUGUUCACAGGAAGCACCGCCCGCCAACCGGAAAGAGUUGUCGAAAAAACUUAG